UUUAAGCAUUUAUCCAUUUGCAAGUUGCAUACUCUGAGAUUCCAUUUUGUCUUUCAUUUCUUCCUUCCCCAAUGGAAAUGGAUUCCCUUCCUAACGGAAACAACACUGCCACUGGAACCCCCACCGGAGCCACCGUCGGCGUUAACUCCACCCCCACUCCUUCCUCCAACCUCCCUCGACUCACGGAGUCUCUCAAGCUGGAGCACCAGUUUCUCAGAGUCCCUUUUGAGCACUACAAGAAAACCAUCCGUGCCAACCAUCGCGUAGUCGAGAAAGAAAUGUCCGCCGUUAUCUCCGGCGUCAACGAUGCCGCUGCCUCUAACUUUUCCCCCGACGACGCCGUUAAUCAUCUUAACUCCCUCGUCUCCCGCCUCCAAGGGCUCAAGAGAAAAUUGGAGGAAGGAAACCGGGCAGAGCAUUUGCAAGCGCAGAAGUGUCGUGUACGUCUCGAUCAUUUGGAAUCUGCUGAUGCAGAAAACAUGUCAGAAUGGAAUAACACUCGCUUGAAGCGGAUUCUUGUUGAUUACAUGUUAAGGAUGUCAUAUUAUGACACUGCAGCGAAACUCGCCGAAUGCAGCAACUUGCAGGAACUCGUUGAUAUUGAUGUAUUCCAAGAAGCAAAAAAGGUUAUUGAUGCUCUGCAAAAUAAGGAUGUUGCUCCUGCCCUAGCAUGGUGUGCUGAAAACAAAUCAAGGCUGAAGAAGUCUAAGAGCAAAUUGGAGUUCCAGCUGAGACUUCAAGAGUUCAUAGAGUUGGUAAGAGCUGAAAACAAUUUAAGAGCCAUCACAUAUGCUAAGAAGUAUCUCUCACCAUGGGGAGCGACCCACAUGAAAGAACUGCAGCGAGUUACUGCAACACUAGCUUUUAAAAAAGACACCGAAUGUGCCACAUAUAAGGUCUUAUUUGAAGCUAAGCAAUGGGAUUAUCUAGUAGACCAAUUCAAACAGGAGUUCUGCAAGUUAUAUGGCAUGACUUUAGAGCCUUUGCUCAAUAUCUAUCUGCAAGCUGGUCUUUCAGCUCUCAAAACUCCAUAUUGUUAUGAGGAUGAUUGCACAAAAGAGGACCCUCUAUCACAAGAGGCUUUCCGCACACUAGCCUUGCCAUUACCAUAUUCAAAGCAGCAUCACUCAAAGCUUGUUUGCUAUAUAUCGAAGGAGCUAAUGGACACUGAGAACCCACCACAAGUCUUGCCCAAUGGAUAUGUUUAUAGCACCAAGGCUCUUGAAGAGAUGGCUAAGAAGAAUGAUGGUAGAAUCAUCUGCCCAAGGACAGGUUUAAAUUGCAGUUACACAGAAUUGGUCAAGGCAUAUAUUUCGUAAAUAUAAAUACUUCAAUUUGAUAAAUGGUUGAAAAUGUAAAUCCUGCCAUUGGCUUCAAGCUACUGUGGCUGUGGCUGUCAGAUUGAAAAUGUUUGCAAAGUUACUCUUAUGAACCUCUCAUUAAUCAGUUGAUAUAUUUUCCUCUGUUCUGGUGUUGACUUAACCUUGUACAUAUGUAAGUUGUUUCAGUGUUACUUGGAUGGCUUAAACAUGUGCAUACAUUGAUUUUGUA